UCCUGCUGCAAUGAGGCAGGACAGACGUUCUUUCGUAACGGUGCCUUGGAAUUUGUUUCAUGUGAACGGUAGAGCAAAAGCUAAUUAUAUUGUUAUACCCAGACAUACACCAAAGAAGAUCAUGUUUCACCCUUCAUGUUCAAAAUAUUCCCAGGGCAUUUAGACUGAAUUAGGGAGAGUAUUGAGUCAAUGCUCGCAUUUAACUGUUGAGGAAGCAAAGAUUUAAGGAGUUGGGUGUCUUGUCCAAGUUGUCACACACACAUGCCAUGCUGGAGCCAAAACCCCGCUUUCCCGCCUCCCUUCCUGGGCCACUGUGUUACUAAAACAAACUGUGUUCCUAUGUAAGGUCGUCAGUAGCCAGUAAACAGUUGUCCGGAAUAAUUUCACCCGGGACAUGUGCACGAUGGACAAAACUGCAUUUCUGUGAAGGAUCACGAAUGUGCAAUCAACAGGUCAUGGAUGCCAUUUACCGUUGACAGAAGGAGAUGCGCUAUGAUGGAAACCUGGGACAUAAAGGUGGAAUUUUCCAUCUAAAUUGCCAGCAAGGCAGCUUUAGGAACAGCAGUACGUGUUGGAGGAAAUCUGGAGGGGACUGACCGCCAGAUGACUCCUGAGCUGGACUGGGGCCAUCCAAGGCUCCUUAACUCCUCCCUAUCCUUGCAACUUAUAUUCCGCCACAGUUCCCAUAGCCCAAGCUGUUUCAAGGAUGUAACCCGGAGAGAGUAAAGUGUGGAGACCGUCUGGACCGAACCCAGUUUAUUCAUCUACCAGAGGACAUCUGGACCCACAGCCCAGGCGCAGCGAGGGGUGGGGUGCAGCCGGCUCACUGCCGGUGUGUGCACUCCUGCUUUGGGUGGAGAUGGAAAGGUCUGUAGGAUUCAGCCCCGUCUUCUUGCUCUUGCUUCUGCUUUGGGAACCGGCUGCUCUACUCUGUUCUCUCUCUCUCGGCUAUAAAUUCACAGUCACUCCUAAUGGACAACCAUGGUGUGAAAUUCAAGGCCAAGUCAAUGGAAACACAUUUCUUCAUUAUACCUGUAGUAGCCAGAAGGUCAAACUCAUCAGUGUUCUGGAGAUGAAUGCCACACAGGCCUGGAAUCAACAGAGAGACGCUCUGAAUUACGUGAUGGAAGAGCUCAAGAAGAUCCUGCUGGACAUUAAAGCAGAGAGGAUUGCAACCAGCGACCCUCUCUCCCUACAGGGCGGCAUGCUGUGUAAGCAGGAGUCCAGUGGAUGCACCAGCGCAUCCUGGGAGUUUGCGUUGGAUGGACAGAUAUCUCUUCACUUUGACUCAAAGAAUGGAAACUGGACAGUGUUGCAUGGUGAAGGCAGACUGUUAAACAAAACAUUGGCGAGUGACAGAGCUAUGACCGAUCUCCUUAUUAGGACCUCACCUGGAGACUGUAGGAAGUGGCUUAAACAAGUUUUGUGUCCCCAGAUGAAGCUGAGCACAAAAGCUGCAUCAACCACUGCCACAGCCCUGUCCACAGCCAGCAAGCGCAUCACUUCCCUCCUCCCUGUGAUCCUCACCUGCUGGGUCAUCGCUGGCAUCGUAGGCUGGAGCCUUUACAGUAACAGGCUGCCGAUGCUGCCAAGAAGGCCCUGAGAGAGUGGACUACCUCAGCGACUCUGCCUUUGCUUGGCUGCCUCUGGGUGACCUGCUGCUCAUUUUUAGACCACCCGGAGUUCAAACCUUCUGACCAGAGACCGGGUCAGAUCAGGAUGAGACCGUAGAGGCAGCACCUCGUGUCCAUUAUUGCAUUUGCUGAUGAUCCUCUUCGGGGCCUUUUAAACAUAUCAUGUCACUUUCUCUGGUGCUAAGAGAUGUAAUUCCUACAUUUAAACAUUAAUAGCUUCAAUAAGAAAUCUCAACAAAGAGAACAUUUUCCAUCUUCUUUGUGGAAGAUCAGAUACAUCUCGGCAUCAUGACUUUUCAUGUAAAUAAUAUUGCCAAAAAGUGCCAGACCUCAGGGCUUCUUUCUGUGUCCUCAAAAUCAGUCAUGUAUUUUAAAAGAACAAAGUCGGAUUUAUGGCUAUUCCCGUUAAUAGCUUAUAA